AUGGACUCAUCAAACGGACGAUCCCGCCCCGACGUGCCCGGGUCAACGCCCGCGCAGACGUCGAACCCUCCAUCUUCAUCCGGUCACGGCCCGCGACGGCGCAGGAACCACAGAGGGGGCCGGAAGAAAAAGCAGAGGAGAAAGUCAUUUGCACUACCCGCCGAUGAGAUUGCCCAAGAUAGCGUUACCGAGGAGGGGCUGGACGAAGGCGUGCAGAGCUUCUAUCAGAGGCCGGGGAGGAACUUGAGUACGACAAGUAUCGAGAGUGAAGCGCUCUUGGAUCACAGAAUAGAGAGCGACGAGGAGGACGAGGGCGCCCCCCUUCUCCCCAGCCCCAUGCGACAGAGGAGCGACCCGAUGGCGGCUUAUGGAACGGGCGAUGCCCCGCGAAAGACCAGGCCCGCCAGCGGGCGCGGAUCGAGCUUGGCAAGCAGCAAAAGGGGUCGGCAGGCUGCCGAUACCUACAACGUCAACUACCCGCCCUCGGUGCCGGGCUCGCCUCCCCUCCACGCCGCGGAUCACAUGUCCAUGAGCUUUGGUGACGUCUUGCUCCGCGAUGAGAUCAACCACGGCGAGCAUUCAUCGCCUAGGGGGAGUGUCGAUGACGGCGACAGGAUCUCACCGCUGGAGAGGAGGAAAACCAUUGCCCUUCAAGCCCAAGAAGAUGUGUGCUUUCCGCAAGAAGGCCUCUCGGAUCUUGGCGACGAGGAGAUCAAUGUUCGCGGGCCGGCGGACCGGCCAAGACCGCGUAGGCGGCGAGGGAAGUGGCCUGAUCUGGGGAUCUUGGACGAAUGGAGUCGAUUUGAGAAGGAGGGACGAAGCGAAGAGCGUCGCGCGAAACGCAUUACCGAACCACAGCUCAUCAAUGGCCGGUUGCGGCCCGUACACCGCGGCUGGUUCCAAGCCGAGGAGGCAGCACCGUACCGUUUUACUUAUUUCAACGAAGAGUUCCCAAGUACCAUUCACAGCCAAACCAUAUCGGAGCUCGUCCAGCCAGGCGGAACGUUCCGGGAGCUUUUUAUUCCAGAUCCUCCGAUCCUGUCGGACAGUUCCGAUAGUGAGGGCGAGGAGGAUCCGAACCCGGGUCUGUACGAAGUACUCGGUGGCCAGGGCGUUGACCCAAGAAUUCCAUCACUGCAGCCGUCCUUCGCAACCACUACCACUACCACGGCCGCCCUGGAUAAUGGGCGGAAGCCUUCGGCCAAUAGUGAGGGAACGAAGGCAGAGUCAGCAGGGCAUACUCCAGCGGGGUGCAAAUCUCCAGAUCCAAACAAAGCCUCACAAAACGGGGCCUCUCCUAAGCCACUAAAAUACGGAGACCGCCCGGUAUGGUGGCUCGACGUGCUCAGUCCUACCGAGGCUGAGAUGAAGGUCAUCUCCAAGGCCUUCGGGAUCCAUCCGCUCACCGCCGAAGACAUCAUGAUGCAAGAGCAACGAGAGAAAGUCGAGCUCUUUCGCAACUACUACUUCGUCAACUACCGCUCCUUCGACCAAGACCAGACUAGCGACGACUUCCUCGAGCCCGUCAACAUGUAUGUCGUCGUGUUCCGCGAAGGCGUGAUCAGCUUUCACUUCUCCGUAACCCCGCACCCGGCCAACGUCCGCCGCCGCAUCCGCCAGCUCCGCGACUACCUCAUUUUAUCGUCCGACUGGAUCUCGUACGCCAUCAUCGACGACAUCACUGACGUCUUCGGCCCGCUCAUCCAGGACAUCGAGGACGAGGUUGACGAGAUCGACGACGCCAUCCUGCUGAUGCAUUCGGAGGAGGACCAGGCCGCGCGUGCAGAGCGUCGGCGGCUAAACGAGAAGCCAGACCCGGCCGCCGAGGUCAAGUCGGCGGAGGCAGGGCGCGAUAUGCUCCGGCGUGUGGGGGACUGUCGAAAGAAGGUCAUGUCGCUGUACCGCUUGCUUAGCAACAAGGCGGAUGUGAUCAAGGGGUUUGCUAAACGGUGCAACGAGCACUGGGAGGUGGCGCCACGGUCGGAGAUUGGGUUGUACCUCGGCGAUAUCCAGGAUCAUAUUGUGACCAUGACCUCGAAUUUGAGUCACUAUGAGAAAAUCCUCGCCCGUUCCCAUGGAAACUAUCUCGCACAAAUCAACAUCCGCAUGAAUGAACGACAGGAGCAGACCGCCGACGUGCUUGGCAAGCUGACGGUACUCGGCACCAUUGUGCUGCCUAUGAACAUCAUCACAGGCCUGUGGGGCAUGAACGUGUGGGUGCCCGGGCAGGAGGACGAAGGGAAUCUGAACUGGUUUAUUGCGAUCACGCUGGGCUUGUUGCUCUUUGGCGUUGCGUGUUUCAUGAUUGCGAAGAGGGUGUAUAAUAUUGUGUGA